AUGACAUCGUCAAAUAAACGACCUUGUUCAUCCUCUCCAUCUCCAAUAUCCGACUCGAGUAUCAAUGGUGAAGGAGCUCCUUCAUCAUCCAAGAAACGGCGUACAUCUCCUCCCUCAUCUUCUUCCACUGUUAACGACGAAGGAGGUACGAAACCUAAUUCUGUUCAAUCGAAGAUAAUCUCACUACAUUCAUGGCUUCAUCCCUCUUUACCAGAACCUAUACAAAGUCAUUCACCUGCAUUACAUUCAUCUUCAUCAACUUUUUUAUCAUUCACCAUAUCGUUCGUGCCUCCUUCCCACAUAACAGCUCUCCCUUCGUUAGAGAAAGAAUGUCGUAGGAUAGUGAGGGAGUUGGAUGUGAUUUCAUUAGUAGGGAGUACGUUAUUGGAGAGUGACGAAGGGGCUUUCGCAAAUGGAGAAGGAAGGAUACAAAGUCAAGGUAAAAAUAAAGGAAAACACAGAGCGAGAGAACCAGAUCAUAGAAUAUGGGCUUGUAGAACAUUGACUUUGAAAGAAGGAAAAGAUGGUACAGGAGGUGAAGGUGAUUAUCAGCUCUUGGAAGCUUCUUUUGACGAUAACGAGAAAUACGGUGGACAAACUAUACUGAAAACGUUAAGGGAGAAUAACGGGAUUGACGUCUUAAGCAUUUGUUGUAGAUGGUAUGGAGGGGAGAUGAUAGGUCCAAUACGAUUUCAACAUAUCUCUACUACAGUACUGACGUCUCUCCGAAUGACUUUGAAAUCAAUGACUCUGAGAGAUUUGCGAACGAAUCUCGAAUCACUAGAUGAAGAAAUCGGUCAACUCAGAACAAGCUUGUUAUCAUCUGCCAAAGACGAUAGUUCUUCAUCUCAAGUUAACGGUAGUGAAUUUACGCAAAUUCAGGGGAAAUAUGAUGAUAUUGACGAUGAAAAGAAGUUGGAGAGACUUGUUAUAGCUAGAGAAAGGACCAAAGAAGCUUUGGAAAAAAAGUUGACUAGCCAAGGAUCAUAA